AAUAAAUAAAUUUGAAGUUCACGAAGAAUUAUGAAGCAGAAAAUUAGGAAUUCAGUAGGGGUCAAGGCUUCCAAGGAUAGGCAUCUUAGUAGGAGGAAGAAGGGGAUGUCUAUUACACCUUCAAGCAAGGUGGAGAGCCAUAAGAAACAAGGAACAGGCCUGACAGGGCAGAAUAAGGGAGAUUGUAGUUUUAGUUUUGCUCUUGAUGAAUCUUAUGAAGAGGAUUUAGAGUUUAUGUCAAAAGUUGGCAAUGAACGGAGAAAUUGUCAGACUAUACGCAAAAGAAUUUCAAUAAUAGAUAGUGAUAUUCCAACUAAUAUGAGCUCUUAUGGUGACACCAAGGAAAAGGUUCUAAAGGAACUGGAAAGAUCCCCAUUUUUCAUAAAAUACUCGAUUUCAAGCUCAGACAAAGACGAAUCGGAGAACCAGAGAGAGAACGAGAGUGUGACGCUCUUCGAUGCUCUAAUAGACUCUCAAUCAUGAAUGUCGGGGACAAGGUUGAGUAUGAUAACUCCUGAUGAUAUUUGUAUCAGGAAGAUGCCCAAGACUUCUCCUCAAAUAAUUACUCCUUUUAUGGAGAAAUAUGGGAAGAAGGCGAUGGCCCAAUCCGAAGGCAGAAAGCAGAGAGGAGCUGACUCUUGAUUCACAAGUGUGAGUUACUUUACAUUGAGUAAUUGUACACCCAGGGGCUUCUAUGAAGAAUAGACCAGUCCCUUGGAUGUCUACUUUGAAGUCAUUCUUAAGUUUG